UGUAGGCUCGCAGAUACUUACUUUCCUGGCUUCUAUAAAGAUUUUUCAGAGGAAAUGUCCCCAAUUUACCUCUUUUCAUGCUGCAGGGUCACGUGCACAAACCAGUUAAUUUGAUUGGCCGAAGGAUGAAAGCGUUUUGUGGGUCUCAGCGGUAAGGAAGUACUGCAACCACAGUCGUUGCGGUUGAUAAACCUCAAGAAAACUAAUCGGUUAUUCAGGAAGGUACGAGCUAAGCAAAACACGUCACCGGUCCAUGCGUCAUCCAGCGGCAUUAAAUGUAUCAAUGGAUGAUGUGAUGACGAUUUUACUUCAUGGGAUGAAGAGCGAUUUCACACUUUUUGCCUGCUGUGGCCAUUUCUGCAAAAAGAAAUGGUUAACCUGAAUGUUUUUUCAAGUCUUGGAGGUGGCGUUUCUUCAGCUGCAUGAUGGAGCCAGACGUUUCGAGCAAAAGCCAGCUGUUCGAUUCCCUCAAGACCUAUCUGAACAACAGGAACAGAUUACAGCCUAUAAUUGGCCUGAGCAGUAUUGUGGAAGUGGUGAACGUGGGAACGCAGAACAGGGCGGCGGUAUAUUUUUGCCACGUGUGCGUGCGUCGGCUUGACAUGGCUGACAUGCGGAAUCACAUUUUGGGAAGUCUCCACAGAUACAACUACAUUGUAAGUGCCGCCAGUGAGUCAUGUCAGCGUUGCCGUGGACCGCCUUUUGUAACAGAUGACGCUGUCCCCUGGCAGAAAGCCUCUCAGCCCCAUUUAGUUUCUCAGUGGCCGGUGAACUCUGACCUGUCAAAGCAGGCCUGGCCUUUAAUGGCGCUGGCCAAGAUGCUGGAGAGCAGAGAGGGACCCGGCGAUGUUCAGUUGUUAGAAGUUGAAGAUGCUGUACAUCAGAAGAUGGCAACUUGGAGUGAAAACUACGCUUUAACUGUGAUAAACACCCUGAAAUGCGAACAGGGUGGACCCGGCAGCUCUUCGGACGCUGCGUUGUUCCACCCUGCCGUCGAGUCGCAGAGGAUUGUUUUGUUUCCACACAACUCUCGGAAAAAACCAGAGCCAGGUUCAGAAUGUGGCGGGAUCUCUCCAAGCAGCAGCGAACAUCGUCGAGAGCCUGAGACGAAGAGCUGCUCACAAAGUCACCCGGAAGACGGCGAAAGAUGGGAAUCUCUGGUGUGUGAAAGCAGCUUUCUGGACCAAUAUUCAGGACCCAGUCUUCUUAUCGGUCUCACCCGAGUAGUUGAGUUGAAAGGUCAGGACGGCUGCUCUCUCUGUUUCUUAUGCCACUGCUGUCGCAUCAAAUCCAGCAAAGAGGAUAUUAUUGAUCAUCUAACCAGCUCCUCACAUCUGAUCAAUUACCUGGUGGAAAUUUAUCCCGACCAGCUGCAGGAGGUUCAUGAACCUUUGAAAUACAAUUGUCAGCUUCUGCAGUUGUUGGCUAUGAAAGUGGAGCACGAGAAGGGCAGAGAGGAGCUGAAGGUAGAACAUGUCCCCGAAACCUACUGUAGUCACCUCUCUGGAAAAAGUUACCACUGGUGUUUAAAGAUGCUUUCAGAGGGCUGGGCACCGAUCCAAAAACAAACGGAAAUUACUGAAGGAGAUUUUGGGGAAAAGUCUACAUUUCCAAGGAAAAGCUCUGCCCCGAUGUCAAGAGAAUCACAGACUUUGGGGCAAAAGAAGAAGAAGAAGAAGAAGAAAAAGCCAAACACGGUGUUUGUUGUAAAUCUGCCGCUCAGGAAGGGGGCGAUGCUCCUGGAGAGGCAGUCUUUCAGCGCCAAGAGCCCUUCCUCUGGCCUCCACCGAGCUCAGUCUGAGAUAUCGGGCUCGGAGUUGGCGUGCGAUUCUCAAUCCUAUGCGGUCGAAGACGACGCGCAGAUGCACAGCUGCGACACGCUGCAAGAUUUCUGUGGAGGAGAUCCUGAUGUCACACAAGAUCCAGCUGCAUUUCUGGGCACCGGCAAUGGUUUCAGACACCAGCACCAAGACGCGGCUGAGGCAGCGGGGGACAUGGUGUUUUACGAAAAGGCGUACAACACAGGACAGUAUGAAGAAAGGCCAAGUCAGGAGUUUCCACACAUCUGGAAGAAUGAAGCCUCUCAAGUGACGAGUGCAUUUUUGAUGGAUCCUCAUGGAGAAGACUUAUCCUUCUGUAGUGGAACGGAACAAUGUGGGACUGAACAGGGCUACAGAUCUGCUUUAAAUGCAGUUGGAACAGACAUGCAGAAGUUUAGAAAUGAUGGAGAAACAAGCUCCAGUGCUGUUCAAUACUAUGCCUACCAGCAGGUGGCAUGGAGUGACGCAGGUCCUCACACAGGCAGCAUGUGGGGGUGUUAUGACUUCCCUGCAGUUGGAGUUCCUCCUGUAGAUGCCGUCAACAUGUCUACCUGCUACAGAGAUGCUCUCACCCACUGUGGCAGUAUCUCUGCUCAGACCACAGGAGGGUUUUAUGAGGCUGACCCAAGACAACCGCAAACCCCCACUGAUUUCAUCACGGGUUGUACCCAGGAUGCUCCACUGAGUAAUCCACAUCUCACCGCGAACUGUCAAGCCAAAUACAGCCAAAUACAAAUGAAAUUGAUGGCUUUUGCCAACUACAGUCCUGGACCAGCUACAAAACCAGGGCAGGCCUUGUCUUGUCCGGUGAGCAGUGCUGCCGAUCAGGGUACGAAGCAAGCUGAUGCUUUGACCCAACCCAGCCAGGCCGUUGGUGACGAAGCCUUUUGUGUUUAUCACACAGCUGGUUUCUAAUUGGAAGAAAAAUCUAACUAUUUCUCCUAUGAACACCUUCUUGUGUGUCACCAUGACAGAUUUUGCUUUCGGUGUUCUUUAAGUUUGAAUCUUCUGGUACAAAACAUGUUUACAAAAGUAUUCCACUUUUUCUGAACUUCCUUGUAAAUUGUAAAUGACAAUGACUGUCAUUAAUCACUAACCUCUUCAGGUGUCAGUUUGUGUCAGUUUUCUGCAGAUCCAGAGGUAGCUCUGUUGUUGUGAACGCCCCUCUGUUCUUCUCAGGGUAGCUUUACUGCACUAGCUAACAAUGGUGCUGGUUACAUUUCUAGAUUUAUAUCAUUAAAUCUAUUUCUUUCUUUUUUUGUUUGUUGAAAAGGGGAGGUAUCUUACUGUCAGACCAAUUUCAAACAAUUAGAGCUGAAUAAUUGUUUAUUACAUGUUCAUGUGGGGUAGAGCGACCAUUUAUGGACAUGAGGGGAGAUGAUGUCGAACCUGCUUUUGCAGAGCUUCUUCUCGAUGAAUAAAUGCAUUUCAGCUGGUUUCAUUGACUUUUUUAGUUGCAUACAAUCUUAUCAGUAUUCUUCAACCACUGCACUGUUGUUCAUGGAAAUAAUUGCCCGUGUCACUUAAUUAUCUGUACCAUCACAUUACUGGAAAUUCAGGAGCUCCAAAACAAUUUUGAAGAGUUUAAUUAAAGGUGUGUUAUUCUUGG